AUGCACCCCCGCCGCAUCCUCGACGCCCACAUUCACCUCUGGCCCGCCUCGGCCGCCAACCCCUCGUCCCACAGCUGGAUGACACCAGGCGCGCACCUCGCGAAACAGUACUCCGUCUCGGACUACCUCUCCGCGAGCGCCAGCUCAGACGCCGUGGUCGAGGGUUUCGUGUACGUGGAGACGGACCGCCGCGUAGGCAGCGCUGGGGACGGGCAGUCGGAGCAUCUGGAGGCGUGGGCGGAACCGCUGGAUGAGCUGCGGUGGCUGAGGCGGAUCGUGGAGGGUACGUCUGAGGAGGGCGCUGGCUUCACGGCAGAGCAGGGGAGGCUGAUGAAGGGGAUUGUGGCGUGGGCGCCGCUGGAUAGGGGCCCGGAUGUGUUUGAGGAGUAUGUGGCUAAGGCGAGGGAGGUUGCAGGGGAGAAAACGUGGGGGAGGGUUAAGGGGUUCAGAUUUCUGCUGCAAGGGAUCAAGGAUGAGGGGGCGCUGAGGAAACUGGUGCUGGGAGAGGGGUUCGUGGGAGCGAUGAGGAGGUUUAGGGGAGAGGGGAGAGAUUGGAGCUUCGAUGUUGGUGUGGAUAUGAGACGAGCGGGUGUGUGGCAGCUCGAGCUUGCGGCUGAGAUGAUCGUAAAAGUUAACAGAGGGAUGGAGAAGGAUGGAGUACGGUUUAUCCUGAAUCACCUGUGCAAGCCCAGCCUCGAGGACGACGUGGGCGAUGACAACAGAGACUGGUAUAGAUGGUGUGCGGCUAUCACACGCUUUGCGGGAAUGCACAACGUGUACAUGAAGCUCUCUGGGGGAUUCUCAGAGAUGGAGGACCAAGACCCCUCGCAUCCAAUGCCAGUGACUGAAGUGGUCACAAAGAUGCGUCCGUGGCUAAAUCACCUGUUCGCCCACUUUCCCACUAGCCGCAUUCUCUUCGGGUCCGACUGGCCUGUCUGUAACGUUCGCGGGCCGGGAGACGAGCUAUCAUGGAAUCACUGGCGCGCGGUUGUGGAACAAGUAUUGGAGGAGUACGGUCUAUCGGAACGGGAGAAAGACCGCAUAUGGUAUGGCACCGCAGUCGAGGCGUAUAAGCUAGACACGUAG